AUGAGCUCUUCCCGUGAUUCGCACUCAUACGCUGUAAGUUCUGCUGUGGCUCCAUCACAAUCGACAGCACGAUUGACAUGGCAUCACUCAUUCAGUGCGAUGAAUGUCGAGCACGAAAAUCAAGGACACCUUACUUAUGUCGAGGAGCGCUUGAGUGCGUUCGAGAAAGCAUUUGCAAGGCUAUUUCCAGGGGGCGAUCUGGAUAGCAUUGUCAAUUCCCUUCUUCAGGAUCAGGGAUCCCAACCGAAGACGGUUUCAUCUCCGCCGUCUUCGACUCGAAAUUCAUCACAGGCUAGGCCUGACAGUAAACGCUCCGAACCAGCAUCAGAAGCGUUACCGCAACAGGCGGAUGGCUUUGACUGGGCGGAAAAGGAACUUGCAGUCGGUGACUUGACUGACGGCAUGGCUGCCCUGUCGAUUCGGCCAGAGGGGGCAGGAUAUUUCGGAUCUUCAUCCAGUGUGGUGCCUCUUCGCGCCCUUCGCGAACAUGGUUUUGAUCUCAAUAUCCCAACGGUGGGCGCCAAGCCCAAUAUAGUGCCCAACAGAGUGCCGUUGAAAGCCCAGCUGUUCAAUUCUGCGCCAUCGGGACUUGUUGAACAAGCCUUCAUAGAUGCUUAUUUUCUGAAUUAUCAUAGUAGCUAUCCUUUCGUCCACGAAGCUACUUUCAGGGCGCAAUACCACGAACAGGUGCCCCGCCCACAUGGCCACGCAUGGCAGGUUCUUCUCAAUACGAUAUUGGCGCUUGGGGCGUGGAGCAUCGGCGAUGACACUUCAGACUUAGACAUCUCAUUCUACCAGGAAGCCCGAAAGUGCUUGCAGCAGGCGUCCGUUUUCGAGACCGGAAAUCUCACUCUGGUGCAAGCACUGCUCCUCCUCAGCAAUUAUGCACAGAAACGUGACAAGCCAAACACUGGAUGGAACUAUCUGGGGCUGGCAGUUCGGAUGGCUAUGAGUCUGGCUCUCCACAAGGAGUUUCCGUAUUGGAAAAUCAGCUUAUUCCAGAGGGAGUUCAGACGAAGAAUUUGGUGGGGCGUGUUUAUAUUUGACAGCGGCGCAGCGAAGACUUUCGGGCGUCCAAUUCUCCUCCCCGAAGACUGCAUAAUGGAUUGCAAACAAGUCCUUAAUAUUCAUGACGAGGUAUUUAUCGAGGCUCCUUCUGUCACAAAAAUGUCGAAAGCUGACUUGUUUCUGGCACAAGUCUCUGACACCGGCGACUACAACGUUACCCGCGGAAGUGGACGGACCAACGUUGUUUACCAGCGUCUAAUUUCAAGCCCGACUUUGACUGCAGAAGAGACAUUGCAGUUGCAAAAGCCCAUGGAUGAUUGGUACAACGAACUGCCCAUAUACCUAAAACAAGGCUCACCGGCUGAGCCUGACUGGCUGGCGUUGGUUCGUAACCGUCUGAUGUGGCGCGACUGGAAUCUUCGAAUUGUUCUCUGUCGGCCCAUCCUCCUGCGUUGGGCAUCCGAAAGAUGGUCAUCGGACGCACCUCCCGAAGGCGAAGAAGAUCCAGCUGAGAGAGAGUGCCGAAUUGUAUGUUUGCAGAAUGCGAGGUCUAGUAUAGCUUCGAUCUCGGAAUUCAUGGAGACCCACAUUUGCACUCGGCUAGGGGCGUGGUAUAUGCUAUAUUUCCUCUUCCAAGCUGUGACCAUCCCUAUCAUCUUCCUCAUGACAGAACCUACUUCUCCGGAGGCGCCUUCCUGGCUUCAAGACAUUGAAACCACAAAGGCGCUCCUGACACACCCAUCUUUGAGGAACAAUCGUCUGGCUGCCCGUUGUUUGGAAGUUAUCAAUCGUCUCUGCUCCCCGGUUUACGCACAGAGCAGCGCCGAGCAGUCGGAAGCACAGCAGCAGUUUUUGAUGCAGCCAUCGGGACAGCUGUUCAACGAUACUGCAUUCGGGCUCUUCCAAAAUGAUUAUGGAGGAGUUGGAGCGGGCGUGGACUUUUCGGAAUGGGUUAACUUUGCUCCUCAGGACAACUUUACCUGA